AUGGUAGAGGUCAUUCCGGAAAGGCUCAGGAAGACAUGGGAGAUAUGGAAUAUCAGGGGAGUAAUUCUCGUCAGCCUUUUAUUGCAAAUCAUUCUAUUUUUGGGUGCUCCCAUGAGAAAACGCACAGGAAAUAGGUUGGUCAUUCUGCUAGUCUGGUCAUCCUACUUUCUGGCUGAAUGGGCAACUAGCUUCGCUCUCGGGCUCAUCACCAGCACCCAAAGUUCUAAGCACGGAAUCAUCAAAUAUGCUGAACGGACACGCUCUUUAUAUCUUAUAAGUUGGGGUACAUUCCGAGAAUCCAUGCUUACAGAACCAGAUGCUGGACCAGAUUACGUAAGGUUCAUGCAGAGUGCGAAGCAGCGAUUAGAUGAAUUUGAAGUGGUGAAAUAUGGUUACUACUUCUUCAAAAUCUUCAAGUUGGGACUCAUUGUCGAUCUCGUUAGCUACAAGGAUCUAGAGGAGAGUAGAAUAUUUUUUUAUGGGAGAAGUCCUGAAGAUGCACUUAAAGUGUUGGAGGUUGAACUCAAUUUCAUCUACGAAAUUCUCUAUACCAAGGUAUUUGUAGUGCAUACUCCCGGAGGAAACCUUUUCCGCUUCCUAACCUUUGCUUCAGUUUUGGUGUCCCUAGGCAUCUUCUUUUUUCUAGAAUGCAAGAAUGGUUUAGAUAAUUUUGAUAUUCGAGUUGCCUACACCAUGCUACUCGGUGCCUUGAGCCUGGAGGCAAUAGCACUCUUCAACCUCAUUUUGUCGGAUUGGACUGCAGUUUCUCUCCACAAGACAAAUGCAAAUGAUCCAUUUGUCCUAACCAUCUUCGAAAGAUACCUAAAAUUUAAAAGAUCAAAGUGGUGUCCAUGCAAGGAUGAGUCUGGCAUGAAGCCAAAUACAAAUCCGUCCAUGCAAGGAUGA